ACUAAGUUAUUUCCCGCAAUUCACAUUGGCGGAUUUGUUUUUUUUUUUCCUUUGUUGGGGGUGGGGUGUCCCUUCCUCUUUGUGGUUCACCGAUUCAUGGAAAGAAGAAUAUGUAUGUGAUGUACUUUAUACACACAUAAUAUGCCUACUAGUAUUUACUGUAAUAAGAAUGAGAAAGUUACCUGACCGUUUUCAAGGGGGAAAACUUAAAAUUUCAAGAAUUAAAGUCAUUAAAAGACAGCUCAGAAGUCGGCAAAGCUAAUUUCCUGCCAUCUAGGGAUGGAAAAUUUUUAACAUUUUCCCGGGGGAGGACCCCCCUUCCCCUUUGUGGUUCAUCGGUUCAUGAAAAGAAGAAUACGUAUGCGAUUCAAUUUUUUAUGCACAUAUACACACAUAAAUAGGCCUAUUUACUGUAAUAAGAGUGAACAUUUAGAGGGGCGCUUAUUCGAAAUUGAACAUUUGGAGGGUACGCUUAUUCGAAAUUUAAAAUUUGGAGGGGGGUGCUUAUUCGAAAUUUACCAUAUGGCAUAAUUUAGCAUAGUUUUCCAUCAGCCUCGGCAUAAUUUGAUUUUAAUCACUGGUCACACUGAAAGACAGAACAUAUACAGACGAACCAAGUGGUGCUUGUUGAUGGGCUGUUAAUCCAUUGAGAAAAUAGAUAUUUUCUCUAUGGUUAAUCGUACUACUGUACUUGUUAAUUCUAUGCUCGACUGAAUUUGAGGAGUUACGUGACGUAGAACAGCCAAUCAGGCUGCUUAAUUUUCCUUUAUUGGCAAAUUCUCAUAUAGGAAAAAAAUAUUGCUUCCUGCAUCCAUAGCAGAAGAAGGUUUAUAACAAAAACAAGCAGCUGAGAAAAGAUUGCUGAGUACCGUACUCAUUAUGGCAGAGUGUGGUAGUACUAAGCUAUGUCAUGAAGAAGAAGUUAAACAUACACUAUUCCACAUGCUGAAAAAUGAAGACAUUGACAAUUUCAAACGAGUAUUUACUUCUGCAUCGCUGAUACCAAACACACAUCAGCGUUUGGUGAACUCUACGGACGACAGCGGUAACAGUUUCCUGAACCUGGCUGUAGAAAUGAAUCAACUAGAGUUGUGUCGCUUUUUAUUGAUAAACGGUGCCUCCCCUGAUGUAGGUGAUCAAGAGUGGCAAAUGUAUCCAUUACAUUAUGCUGCUUCACCAGAAGUUGAUGUGUCGAUAGUGGAACUGCUCAUAGAAUAUGGAGCUAACCCAAACGUAACAAACAAAGUAUUUGAAACACCUCUUCAUGAUGUAUGUGAAUUUUAUCAGCCGGAGAAAACAAAGAUUCUGUUGGCAGCUAAAGCGGAUGUGAAUGCUUUAGAUCAGUGUGAAAACACUGCACUUCACAAAGCCACAAAAACAAUCGUUACAGAAGGUAGUCAUAUUACUUUAAAACCUGAAGAUGUAUGUGAAUGUCUCGCCAUAGUUAAACUAUUGGUCGAAGCCGGUGCCGACGUUAACGCAAAAGAAAAAGAUGACACCACUGCUUUACAUAAUUCGGCUCUUAAUUGUUGUGCUCGAGCAAUAACUUAUCUGCUGGAUAAUGGUGCACUUGUGAAUGUAGUAGAUUCUCAUGGCGAAACACCGCUCAACCAUUUGUUCUUCAAUAUUCAUUUUAAUGCAAAAUCAUUGAAGGAUGAAGCAUUUAACAAUGAUUCUAUUGAUAUUACUGAAACUGAAAAAGCUCUUGUUGUACUGUUAGACAAAGGGGGUAAUAUCAAUCAUGUGAAUACAUUCGGUGACAGUGUGCUACAUAAAGUAUGUAACUCAACAACUGAAAUUGUCAACAUGAUCAUUAAUUAUGGUGCGGAUAUAAGCGUCAAAGAUAACUUAGGAAGAACGCCACUUCAUACAUGUAUAAUGAAUAGUCUUACUUCUUCAGAGGAAAACCAUAGACCUACUCAAAUGCUACAAAUAUGUAAAUCACUGAUCAAACGUGGAGUCUCUGUUGAUGAAAACGACAUAAACGGUUCUACACCCUUACACUAUGCCAUAGACCUGCCUUCAUAUGAUAUAACGCAAAUGCUGAUUGAAGAGGGCGCUAAUGUGAAUGCACCAAACAAAAGUGGAACUGUUCCUAUUCACUUUGCUGUAGCAUGGAUUGAUGAAUAUAAGAGUCUUCUUGAUUUGCUGCUUAAAAGUGGGGCAGAUAUUGAAGCGACAGACAUUAAUGGAUCUACUGUAGCACACUAUGCAGCUUGGUACUCAGCAGGAACACAUCCUAACUGCGUAGAAUUCCUGCGAACCUUCGUUGACCUGAAAAGAAAGGACAUGCAAGGAAAUACUGCUGUCAGUGUUGCAGAAUUUAUUGGUAACAUGCAGUUUGUUGAACUGUUCGGAUGUGAAGAUGACAAUGCAGAUGAUUCCAGUAGUGAGGGAGAAUCUUCCGAAAUGAACGAGGAAAUUAAGAAGAGCAAUGAAAGUGAUGUAGUUAAUACUUCACCUGAAGAGGUUGAAGCUGACAACAGCGACAUAGAUAUUGAUGAAAUAGCUCCUGACAGUUUAACACCUAUCAAAGAGGAGGAAAUUCCACAAUUCAUAGAACAGUUUAAGUUGUAUCAUGGAAAUACACUCAAUCACAUCAUAGAAAACCCAUAUUUUGAUGAAAUUGCAAGUUCAAGAGAAGCCCACUAUAUCCAUGAUUCUAUAGAUGAACUUGUCAGACAGAUUUUGAUGAAAAUAACAGAUAUUGAUUCUAGAUUUGAAGCCUCAGCCGUUUUGUCUGGAAGUGUGAGCGAAGGCACUAAGAUAUUUCUUCCUAAUGAAUUUGACUAUCUCUGCUGUCUACACAAGUUUGAUAGCAUCACCACUGUUGUUGAAACAGAUCCAAACAGACCAGCCUGUUUUGCAUCCCUCGUCAUGAAUACGCAAAAUACUAGAAGCCAGCGUUCAGAAUUUGCUGAAUUUUUCAACGAUUCACUUUUACAACAGGACCGGGUGUCGAGAUGUUUUUAUCAGCUUAUCAGAAAAGUGAUUUCCGGUAAAGAUAUCUUGUCAAAGUUUCCACGAUUCCUAUUAUAUGGUCAACCAAAGGUGGCAAAAGGUAGAAUACAUUCCUUAACUGUGCAGUGGAUGGGAUGGCUGAUCAAAAAGUUGGUGAUAUCGAUUGAUUUCGUUCCCACUAUUCCAAAAAGAAAAUGGUGGCCAUCACAAAUUCAAAAGUCAAGAUUAACAACAGACAAACACGUCUCAUCUAUCGGAUGCUUACUAAUAACUAAAUCUGACAAAUCAGAAAAGUUUCAAUUCGUGCCUGCCUACAAGAUGACAAAAUUUCUGCGUGUUUCAUUUUCUGAAGUAGAAACAUUCCUGAUUAGAAAGCAGAGUGACCAAGUAAAAAAAGGAUACAAGCUCGCCAAGAACAUGAUAGAGCUGGUUCCUCCGCUACGAAUUAGCGAUGACGGUGAAUAUAAGCAUCUAGCGAGUGAACUGAUAUCAAGUUACAUGCUGAAAACCUGUCUCUUAUAUAUUCUUGACAGUGACACAAGUGGUGAGGACCAAGAAAAACUAAACAAUGACGUAACGGACGGAGAACAAAUUAGAGCAUGGGCAUUUGCCAUUUUUAAGCAGUUGGAGAAGUUUUUAACAGAUAAACAAGGCACAGUUCCUUCAUUCUUUGUUCCAGAAUAUAAUCUCAUAUCUCUGGAAGACUUUUCUACUGAUGCUACUUAUACAAUGAAUGAUCAUAGUCGUCUUCAGUUUUGCAGGAUGAUAAUGGCAAUAUUGGAUCCAAAAAAGUAAACAAUGGACAAAAUAAGACACCAUUUAAGUUACAGUUAAGUAGAGGACUUGCGUAAUAACCAGUACAACUUUGAGCUAAAUUUUAAAUACGAUUCAAUUAUGUCUAUUCAAUAUAUAUAUCUUGAUUU